GCCGCCGAUUGAUUGUUACGGUUAGAGAAGCAAGCAGGUCUGUGGGCAGAUACCGUGGAAUCGCGAUGCGUAUAUAUCGCGAAAAUAUCGAAGUAUCGACAGAUCAGCGAGAAGAGCGCUGCUCCCCUCCUGUGAGCUUUUAGAGAAAACUUCCUGUAUUGCUGACAGUGGUCGAUGAACGAAGUGUUCGGUCGGCAGAGAGAAAACAUCGCGAGAAUAGGCUCAUCACGGUACCGCUCCGUAUGACAGACGGGGCUGUCAUAUCCUGCAAGAACGUACCUUCAUCCCCGAAACCUUCGAAGACAUUAGCGCAACAAUGGCGAUGGGCAAAGGGUUUCGCGUCUACGAAAAACUAAAGCCGCCUAGUCCUCAUUCUCUGAUACUAGAACAACGAAAUCGAAAAGAGACUGUUCUAUUCGAGGCACAAGCUGUAGCUGUUCUCUCUGCCGAAGAAACGGAAUCUUUGAAAGGGAAAUACACGAAAUUAUUAGAUGCUUAUGGGUGUUUAGGUGUAUUACAAUUAAAUGCUGGAGAAAAUACAUUGUUGUACCUUGUUCUUGUUACUGGAUGUUUCUCGGUCGGUAAGAUAGGCGAAUCUGAAGUAUUCAGAAUUACACAGACACAUUUUGUGCCGUUGCAUUACACUCAAGGCAACGAGGAUCGGGUAUCUGAAGUCAGGAAGGUUCUUAACUCGGGUACAUUCUACUUUUCUUGGUCUGCUGGACAUCAAGAGUCUCUUGAUAUCACCCUUAGUGCACAAAGGAGAUGCAAGGCUACUAUGACUGAUAACAGAUUCUUUUGGAAUCGAAUGUUACACAUACAUUUAUUGCGAUAUGGAGUGGACACGAGUCAUUGGCUGCUUAAAGCAAUGUGUGGUAGUGUAGAGAUUCGAACUGUUUAUGUUGGUCACAGGCAAGCACGUGCAGUUCUAAUGUCUAGAUUAAGCUGUGAACGUGCAGGCACCAGGUUCAACGUCAGAGGUACCAACGACGACGGGCAUGUGGCAAACUUUGUAGAAACAGAGCAAGUCAUAUACUUAGACAAUGAAAUAACUUCCUAUGUUCAAACCAGAGGUUCUGUUCCUCUUUUCUGGGAACAACCUGGUAUUCAAGUCGGUUCCCAUAAAGUCAAAAUUUCUCGUGGCUUCGAGUCCUCUACACCGGCAUUCGAUAGGCAUGUGAAUAUGAUCAAACAGAGGUAUGGCCAACAAGUGAUAGUCAAUCUCCUUGGAUCUAGUCUGAUUGGUAACAAAGAAGGAGAAGCGAUGUUGAGUCAGUUGUUCCAGAAUCAUCACAACUUGUCAGAGCACAAUGAUGUGCCCCAUAUUUUAUUCGACUAUCACCAAGAAUGCAGAGGUGGAAAUAUAAAGAACCUUUCGAAAUUGAAAGCGAAAGUGGAGAAAUAUUUAGAAUCUUUUUCACUGUUCUAUGCUGUGAACCAUACCGUUAUGUAUGAACAGACAGGAACUAUUAGAACGAAUUGUCUCGAUUGCUUAGAUAGAACAAAUUGUGUACAAACGUUUUUCGCAUUGGAAAUACUGGGUAAGCAGCUUGGGCUAUUGAAACUGCUAGAAAAACAGCAGAUGGUUUCGAGAUUCGAGGAGGUAUUUAGGCAAAUGUGGAUCAACAAUGGUAACGAAGUAAGUAAGAUAUACGCUGGCACUGGAGCAAUCCAAGGAAGCUCGAAAUUAAUGGACGGCGCAAGAUCUGCAGCGAGAACAAUACAGAACAAUUUGUUGGACUCUAGUAAGCAAGAAGCCAUCGAUAUAUUGUUAUUGGGAUCAACGUUGAAUACAGAAUUAGCUGAUAGAGCGCGGUUACUUUUGCCCUCGAACAUGCUUCACGCACCACCAAGCGUUUUGAGAGAGAUGUGCAAAAGGUACAACGAGUAUGUGAUUCCAAUGAAUCUUAGAGUAAGCGUUGGUACUUAUAAUGUUAACGGUGGAAAGCAUUUCCGAAGUAUAGUACAGAAAGAUGUCCCCUUUGCUGAUUGGUUACUAGAUGCACCCCGUAAAUCUACAUCUCUAGUAUCAGUUGAAUAUGACAAUGUUCCUGUAGAUAUAUUUGCAAUAGGAUUCGAAGAAAUUGUUGAUUUAAAUGCUAGUAAUAUAAUGGCUGCUAGUACUGAUAAUGCAAAAGCCUGGGCAGAAGAAUUACAGAAAGUACUUUCUCGGGACACCGAGUAUGUUUUGGUCACGUACCAGCAGUUGGUCGGUGUAUGCCUCUAUUUAUUUAUACGGCCUAUGCAUGCACCUUACUUACGGGACCUGGCCGUAGACUGCGUGAAAACUGGAUUUGGUGGUGCCACGGGCAACAAAGGGGCAGCAGCUAUUAGAUGCGUAUUAUAUUCCACGUCUUUCUGCUUCGUAUGCGCACACUUUGCUGCUGGACAGUCUCAAGUUAAUGAGCGUAACGCAGAUUAUGCGGAGAUUACGCGAAAAAUUACCUUUCCCAUGGGAAGAACAUUGAAUACUCACGACUACGUGUUCUGGUGUGGCGAUUUUAAUUACAGAGUCGACAUGGACAAAGAUGAGAUGAAAGAGAUGAUCAAACGGAACGAAUUAGAUCAAAUAUUACAAUUUGAUCAAUUGAAGGUACAGCAGGCGCAAGGAAACGUUUUUAAAAAUUUCUUAGAGGGUCCUAUCAAUUUCGCACCAACAUAUAAGUAUGAUGUAUUUUCUGAUGAUUAUGACACCAGCGAGAAGUGUCGCCAGCCCGCGUGGACUGACAGAGUUCUAUGGAAACGUAGGAAACAAGUACCUGAUAUCGAUUCGCCUACAGAUUGGAAUCCUGGGAAAUUGAUUCAUUAUGGUAGAGUGGAACUGAAGCAAAGUGAUCACCGACCAGUCAUAGCGAUCGUCGAUAUAGACAUCCACUGCGUGGACCCCGAGAAACGGGAGAAAGUAUUUAAAGAAGUAAUAGAAGACUUGGGUCCGCCUGAUGGCACUAUUGUCGUAAAAGCGGUGGAGGAAUCUGACGAUAUGGACAGCGUGUUCGAUGAGAAUUUUAUGAUGGCUUUGCUGCAGGAUUUCUCACAUAUUGGCGAGGUGAUUUUGGUCAGAUUUGUCGGCGAGACAAUCUGGGUGACAUUCAGAGACGGCCAAUGUGCUUUAGCUGCGGCCAAGAAAGGCAUGACUCAGGUGUGCGGUCAAACUUUGAAGUUGUCUUUGAAGUCACCGAACUGGGUACAAGUAAUAGAAAAAGAAAUAGAACUGUGUAGCAACACCACUAUUGCACAGUUCACUUCAACUUCUCCAGUGAGAAGUCCUAUGCACAGGUUGGAACAGUUAGAAAUCACGGAACGAAAUUCUCCGAGUAGAGGUAGCCCUAAUGGAUCAGUUCCACCGCCUAGACCAGCUCCACCAGGUAGACCAUCUCAGCCACCCAAAAGCCCCUUGCAAGACCGAAAGCAAGGACCACGCGCUGGUGUAUUUAGCGUGUUACCGAAUCAGUUUUCAACGCCACUGGCCAGAGAAAGAACAGGAGCUGACCAAAAUGAAAGGCUAUCACCGGAGUCAGCAAUUUACGAAGAGAUACUGGACGGAUCUCCUAGUUAUCCCAUACCAAACCGUCCACCACCGCCAUUACCUCGCACAGACGCUGCGCAAGAACCAUCCAGUAGACCACCUAGCUCGAAACCACCUCCUCUGCCACAGAGACAAGCACCUCCUCCACCUCAACAUCCACCGCCUAGUUUACCAGCAUCGAAUAAUCCACCGCCCAUACCUGCAAGGACAUCGGGAGGACCACCUAUUCCAGCUAGGAAUCCACACUAAAUACUUACAUAUGUUGUCCCAUUUCGAUGCGAAGCUGAUCAUUAGCGAUCAUUGCGUAGCUAAUUAUUUAUGAAUAUUAAUAGAACUCCUACGUAAAAUAGAUCGCUUCAGAGUUGAAUCGUUGUACAGCUGUGUGUAACUUAUUGCAAACCACGAGUCUAUUCUGUGAUUAGCCGAAAUUCUGUUUUCCAUGCACCGUGGGAACCUAUACUUUCUCCCUCGCGCACUAUCCUAUACAGAGUUGGACAACAUUUAAUGUAAUUUAUAAUUUAAAUGAUGAAUUACAGUUAAAUUCAUAGUUUAACUGAUGUGUAAUCGCAGUUGAUGAAAAUACGUAUUUAAUCAUCAAUUGGAUUCAUGAUUGAAUAAAAUUCAAAAUUUCAAUCGACUAAUAUGCCCAACUCUGCUUAUACAGCAAUAUGCGACGUUUAACCGAGAGUUUGUUAAAUACCUCAGAAAUUUAAUUAUUAUAUAUACAUAUAUGAUAGAGUGAAUAUGCAGAAUUAGCGAUCCGCAUGUAGAAUUCAAAGGCUUUUUAAUAGUCGUUGAAAUUUGAUGAGAUAAAAUAAUUAUGUUAAUGGAUUCUAUGAUGUAAAAACAAACAUUUGAAUAUAACUGAAAAAAAUUUAUAGUGAUGAAAUGUUAGAAAUCAUCGUUGUUGUGACCUACGAUUGAAGCGAACGAGCUACGAUAAACAAUUGUGUUUCCAUGAUGCAUUAAUUUAUUCGUGCGGACGUUAAUGCUUAUUUGAUUACGUCUAUUUCUUAUUGCAUCUUUACUGUAUUUUUCUAACAGUCAAAGAGAACAAUUUGUAAUCAACAUAAGAUUCUCAAGAAUCAAAGACAUGGGUGAUUUAAGUUUGUAAAUUGAUUCUAAUAAAUAAGGAAAAGAAAUAGACUCGGAUAACAGUAUUCUUCUAAAAUACUUUCCAUAUAAGUAUUGUAUUGUAUGUAUAAAGUAUAAAAUAUAUACAAUCGUUGACCAAUCAAUGUUCUCUUGUGUUGAUAGAGUAAUAACGAAUAUAAGAAAUUGUUAUUAUAGCGUAAAGAACAUUAAUCAUAAAACUUCCAACUUGAAAAGCACUGUCAGAAAGAAUAAAACAUUGCUAUAUAUUUAUUUUGUAGUUUCAUGUAUUGUAUUAUUGUACAUGUACAUAUAAAGGUCGAUACAAGAUAGAAGUAAAAA